AGGCAAGAGAAUGAGCUCCUCCAAUCAGAUCUCUCUGCUGCUUUGGAAGAACUGGACGCUCAGGAAGAGACAAAAGCUUCGUUUUCUAGUGGAACUCGUCUGGCCCCUCUCACUGUUCUUUGUUUUGGUUUGGUUACGGAAAUCAAACCCACUCUACCAACAACAUGAAUGCCAUUUUCCAAAUAAAGCGAUGCCCUCUGCAGGAAUGUUGCCAUGGUUACAGGGAAUUUUCUGUAAUCUGAACAACCCCUGCUUCCGCUACCCUACACACGGAGAAUCUCCUGGUGUGGUUUCAAACUACAAUAACUCCAUACUUGCUCGAGUGUACGCAGAUGUUCAGGAGUUGCUGUUUGAUAAGCCUGAAAUCUAUAAGCUGAGGAAGAUCUGGGAUGAUGUGUGUUUUCUGUCAGACUUCAUGGAUGUACUCAGAACAAAUCCUAGAAAAGUUGCAGGAAGAGGUAUUCGUAUCAGGGAUAUUCUGAAGGAUGAUGAAGUCCUGACCUCCUUUUUACUCAAGGAAAUUGAACUCUCAGACUCUGUCGUUUAUCAGUUAAUCAAUGCCCAAGUGCGGCCUGAACAGUUUGCUUAUGGAGUUCCAGACAUAGCCCUCAAAGACAUAGCAUGCAGCCAAGUUCUGCUGGAUCGUUUUCUAAUCUUCAUGAAUCACCGAGGACUGCGCACUGUCCUGAAUGGAAUUUGUGUGCUUUCCCCCCAACGGCUCCAGAGAAUGGAAGAUGCACUUUAUGCAAACGUGGACUUCUUUAAACUCUUCCAAAUGCUUCCAAGAGUACUAAACCACUAUUCGGAAGGAAUAGAUCUGCACUUUUGGGUGCGAAUUAUGAAUGAUGCAUCACCCAUAUUAGAGGAGUUUAUCACAAAGGACAGCUUUCAAGAAUUGCUCCAAGUGAUUUACCCAUUCUUUACUGAAGAUGGACCAGCCACAUUCAGUCAGUUGAUGGAACUGUUGUCAAAUUUGAUUUGCGGAUAUCCUGAAAAUGGAGGCUCUCGUGUUUUCUCUUUCAACUGGUAUGAAGAUAACAAUUACAAGGCUUUUCUUGGAAUCAACAACACAAAGAAAGAAUCAAAAUACGCUUAUGAUUACACAACCACUCCAUUCUGUAAUGCACUAAAUCAAAACAUGGAGUCCAACCCUGCAACCAAGAUAGUGUGGAAUGUGGUGAAACCAUUACUGAUGGGAAAGAUUCUGUUUGCCCCAGAUUCCCCUGCAACCCAACAGCUGAUAAAAAAUGCUAAUGUCACAUUUGAAGAGCUACACAGACUUAAAAGGAUUGGAAAGAUUUGGGAUGAGAUGAAGCCUCAGCUGUGGAAUUUCUUCCAAAACAGUGUACAAAUGAACAUAAUACGUGACUCAAUAAAAAACCCCACAGUAUCAUACUUUAUAAACAGACAACUGGAAGACAUAGACUUGACAGCUAAGGACAUUCUAAACUUCCUAUACGAUAGACAAUCUAUUGAACAUGCAGAAGACAUUCCAAACUUCAACUGGCAAAAUAUUUUUAAUAUAACAGAUCAACUCUUAAGCAUAUUCAAUAAUUACAUGGAGUGUUUAAACCUGGAUAAAUUCGAAGGCCUUUCUGACGAAGGGCAGCUCACCCACCGGGCACUCUACUUGUUGGAGGAAAACAAGUUUUGGGCUGGGAUUGUGUUUGUGGACUUACACCCCUGGUCGAACAAGCUUCCAACUCACGUGAAAUAUAAAAUCCGAAUGGAUAUUGAUGCAGUGGAACGAACAAACAAAAUAAAAGACAGGUAUUGGGACCCAGGUCCACGAGCUGACCCAGUAGAGGAUAUGCGCUACAUCUGGGGAGGUUUUGCUUAUUUACAAGACAUGAUUGAACACGGAAUUAUCAGGACUCACACCAAUGUUGAAGUGCCACCAGGGGUUUAUGUCCAACAGAUGCCGUAUCCCUGCUUUGUUGAUGACAUCUUCAUGCUAGCACUAACCCGCUGCUUCCCAAUGUUCAUGGUGCUCUCCUGGAUCUACUCCGUCUCCAUGAUUGUGAAGAGUAUUGUGCUCGAGAAGGAGCUCAGGCUGAAAGAAACCCUGAAAAUCAUGGGAGUCAGUAAUUGGGUGCAUUGGGUCACAUGGUUCAUCGACAGCUUCACCAUGAUGGCAGCCAGUACUGUGCUGGCAACCGUAGUGAUAAUGAGAGGAAGUGUGCUUCACUACAGCAACUCGUUCCUUCUUUUUGUGUUUCUCCUGGUGUUCACCGUGGCCACUAUUAUGCAGUGUUUUCUGAUGAGCGUUUUCUUCUCCAAGGCCAAUCUGGCAGCUGCUUGCAGUGGGAUCAUUUACUUCACCCUGUACCUGCCUCACAUUCUCUGCUAUGCUUGGCAGGACCGUAUGACCAAAAACAUGAAAUUGGCAGCGAGCUUGUUAUCUCCAGUGGCGUUUGGCUUUGGCACAGAGUAUCUAUCCCGUUAUGAGGAGCAGGGUCGAGGACUGCAGUGGGAUAAUAUCCGUGCCAGCCCAGUAGAAGGAGAUGAGUAUAAUCUGCUGCUAUCCAUCCAGAUGAUGCUGUUUGAUGCCUUUUUGUAUGGGAUUCUUGCCUGGUAUCUUGAUGCUGUGUUUCCAGGCCAAUACGGAAUAGCAUCCCCAUGGUAUUUUCCACUGCAGUCCUCGUACUGGUUUGCAGUUAUGAUGUCCAUUUCUUGUUAUCUAUUGGCAGUGACAGCAGCAAUGGCAGGAAACCCCUUUUAUGAGAAGGAGCCAUCAAAUCUGACUCUGGGAGUGUCGAUUCAGAACCUAGUGAAGGUUUUUACAGAGGGACAGAAGCCAGCUGUGGAUGGACUAAACAUUAACUUCUUUGAAGGGCAGAUCACUUCCUUUUUAGGUCACAAUGGAGCUGGAAAGACAACAACAAUGUCAAUGCUGAUUGGCUUAUUUCCACCUACAUCAGGGACUGCAGUCAUUAACGGCAAAGAUAUCCGCACAGAUAUUGAUGCAAUUCGACAGGAAAUUGGCAUGUGCCCCCAGUACAAUAUUUUAUUUAACAACCUAACGGUGGCAGAGCAUAUAUCAUUCUAUACUCAGCUGAAAGGCCAGACAGCGGAAGAGGCAGAGAAGCAGACAGAAGUAAUGUUGGAUGAGGUUGGACUUCCUCACAAGAAAGAUGAGCUGGCUCAAAGUUUAUCCGGUGGAAUGCAACGCAAGCUAUCAGUAGCCUUAGCGUUCAUUGGAGCAGCGAAAGUGAUCGUUCUGGAUGAGCCAACAUCUGGAGUAGAUCCUUAUUCCAGACGAUCCAUCUGGGAUCUGUUAUUGAAGUAUCGUGCAGGAAGAACCAUCAUUCUCUCCACUCACCAUAUGGAUGAAGCAGAUCUUCUUGGUGACCGGAUCGCAAUCAUCUCUCAGGGAAAGCUGCAGUGUUGUGGAUCCUCUUUGUUCCUGAAGAAUUGUUUUGGUUCUGGUUUCUAUCUGACCCUAGUGCGCAGAAUGAAGAAGGCAAAACAAAGGAAACAAAAGCCAACCUGUACCUGUGGAACAGGCUGUAGCUGCUCCUGCUCCAACUGUUGUCCUAUUGAUGAAACCCUUCCAGAAGAGGAAUUAGACGGUGAUGUAGAUGCAUUGACAAAUCUCAUCAAACAUCAUGUUCCCGACGCCAAGUUGUUGGAAAAUGUUGGUCAAGAGCUUUAUUACCUGCUGCCCAAUAAAGAUUUCAAACAUAGGGCCUACGCUAGCCUCUUCCGCGAAAUCGAGGAGACUCUUCAGGAUUUAGGCCUCAGCAGCUUUGGGGUGUCUGACACUUCACUGGAGGAGAUAUUUCUAAAGGCCACUGAAGAUCCUGUGCCUGGAGCAGUAUCCAAAGAGGCUUCUCAGAAUGGACAGGCCGCAGAGAAAGGCCAAAGUGCUGAAAGAAAAGCAUCUGCUUCUGAGGUGAAACCAAAUGGGGAAGCGUUGACGGCAGGUACAGAUCCAGCAACUGCAGAGUCUCCUGGCCCCAUUACCGACGACCCCCCACCCGGUGGACAUGAUGGCAAAGGCUCCAGGCAGAUCCAAGGUUCAGACCUGGUCAAACAACAGUUCAAGGCAUUGUUUAUCAAGAGAUUCAACCAUGCUAUUCGCAGUCAGAAGGAUUUUUUGGCUCAGUUUCUCCUUCCUGCCAACUUUGUGCUGUUAGCUUUAAUCUUCUCACUCAUAAUCCCACCCUUUGGAGAAUAUCAAAGUUUAACAAUUCACCCAUGGAUGUACGGCAAACAGUACACUUUUUUCAGCAACGAACGUCCAUGGAAUAAGAAGAUGGGUCAGUUGAUGGAGGUGCUGGUGAAUAAACCUGGAUUUGGGACUCGGUGCAUGAGGGAGAAUCCCAUUGUAGGUCAUCCCUGCAGUAAUCAAUCCUCUGAUUGGAAGAUUCCAAAAAGUGACCCCAUGAUUGUCAACCUACUACAGUCCCCAUUCUAUUCCGGCAGCAACCCUUCACCAUCCUGCCAGUGCAGUACAGGAAAUCGAUUGAUUAUGCUCCCAGACUGCCCUGCAGCAGCUGGUGGUCUUCCUCCAGCAGAGAGAGUCCAGCAUACAACUGACAUCCUGCAAAACCUUACCCAAAGAAAUAUAUCAGACUUCUUGGUCAAAACAUACCCGAAACUAAUAAAAAACAGCAUGAAGAGCAAGUACUGGGUUAAUGAACAAAGAUACGGUGGGAUUUCAAUAGGAGGAAAGCUUCCAGUUUUACACAUCGACCAUAAACAGAUCGAAGUCUUUUUCACCAAGUUGGGCCGUAUGUUCAAUGUCACUGGGGGCAAUAAUACACAGAUGACGUUUCGAAGUCUGAAUGUUUUCCUGAAGCAUUUGGAGACUGAGGAUAAUGUCAAGGUGUGGUUCAACAACAAAGGCUGGCAUGCCAUUGUGGCAUUUAUGAAUGUUGCCAACAAUGCGAUUCUCCGAGCAAACCUACCCGAGCUUCAUUACACAGAGGACUAUGGCAUAACUGUUAUAAACCACCCGCUCAACCUCACAAAGGAGCAGCUUUCAGAAGUUACUGUUCUAACUACCUCAGUGGAUGCAGUGAUUUCAAUCAGCGUGGUCUUCGCCAUGUCAUUUGUCCCAGCCAGCUUUGUGCUCUACCUCAUUCAGGAGAGAGUUUCGAAUGCUAAGCAUCUGCAAUUUGUCAGUGGAAUGAGCCCUACUACUUACUGGGUGUCUAAUUUUCUCUGGGAUAUGUGUAACUAUUCAGUAACCACGAUAAUGGUGAUCUUGAUCUUCAUUGGCUUCAAUAAGAAAGCUUACACUUCUCCUCAAAACCUGCCUGCAUUCAUAGCUUUGUUGCUGUUCUAUGGAUGGGCAGUGACUCCCAUGAUGUACCCAGCAUCCUUUGUCUUCAGUGUUCCUAGCACAGCCUAUGUGGCUCUGUCCUGCAUCAAUCUCUUCAUUGGUAUCAAUGGCAGUGCUGCCACUUUUAUACUUGAGUUGUUUGAAAAUAAUAGGGCAUUGCAAUUGUUCAAUAAAAUGUUGAAAAAUAUUCUGAUUAUAUUUCCACAUUUCUGUCUGGGAAGAGGUUUGGUCGAUAUGGCCAUGAACCAAGCAGUGACUGAUGUGUACGCUAGGUUUGGUGAAGAUUUUUAUUUUAGUCCAUUCCAUUGGGAGUUUGUUGGCAAGAAUCUUGUUGCCAUGGCAGUUGAAGGAGUCGUCUACUUCCUUUUAAAUCUCAUUAUCCAACAUCGCUUCUUCCUCAACCACUUGCCAACAAUCCUCAGCAACUUACCUGCCAUUGAAGAGGAUGACGAUGUAGCUAAGGAACGUGAAAGAAUUCAGGGUACGGGCAAACAUGACAUUCUGAAAUUAAAGGAACUGACUAAAUACUACUCAGGGAGAAACAGGCCAGCUGUGGAUAGAAUCAGUGUUGGUGUGCGACCAGGAGAGUGCUUUGGGCUGUUGGGUGUCAAUGGUGCUGGAAAGACGACUACCUUCAAAAUGCUGACAGGUGAUAUCGACCCGACCUCAGGUGAAGCUUCAGUAGCAGGCUACAGCAUUCUCACCCAUAUCGACGAUGUCCACCAGAACAUGGGAUACUGCCCUCAGUUUGACGCUAUCGAUGACUUGCUCACAGGUCGUGAACACCUUUUAUUGUACGCAAGGCUACGCGGUGUUCCAGAGGACGAGAUUGAGCAGGUUGCCAACUGGGGAAUUGAAAAGCUGGAUCUUGCAGAGUAUGCUAAUCAGAUGGCUGGCACAUACAGCGGAGGGAACAAGCGCAAACUCUCCACUGCCAUCGCCCUCAUUGGCUGCCCUCCAGUUGUCUUGCUGGAUGAACCAACUACAGGGAUGGAUCCAAAAUCUCGCCGGUUCCUCUGGAAUUGUCUCCUCAGUGUUAUCCGAGAAGGAAGAGCUGUAGUGUUGACCUCACACAGUAUGGAAGAAUGUGAAGCACUCUGCACCAGAUUGGCCAUCAUGGUGAAUGGGCAGUUCAAGUGCCUGGGUACCAUACAGCACCUCAAGUACAAGUUUGGUGACGGCUACGUAGUGACUUUGAAGAUUAAAGGGACUUGGCCAGGAGCUUCACCUGACCUGAAUCCAGCUGAAGAAUUCUUCAAAAGCAACUUCCCUGACAGCUUGCAAGUAGAGAAACAUCACAACAUGAUCCAGUAUCAGCUGUCUUCAUCAUCAUUAUCCAAAAUCUUCCAGUUACUCAUCUCCAACAAAGAGCAGCUGAAGAUAGAUGAAUACUCAGUCUCACAAACAACUUUAGACCAGGUGUUUGUGAACUUUGCCAAACAACAGACAGCUGAGGAUGACAAUCUUGCUCUCCAUCCACGUGCUGCUGGGGCCAGGAGGGAAGUCAAGGUAUCCCCAGCUAAAAUGGAACCCAGUCAACCGAAUACUACCAGCACUUCCAAAACUGAGUUAAAUAACGAGAAGAAAUCCUGAGGAAGUGCCAACAGAAACAGCAAUAAGCAGACUGUAUUACAUGGACUAAAUCACAAAUCUUCUGACUGUGACAUUUCUCCUCAGGGUGGUUACAAUAACACUGACCCCCGUCAUGUCUGACAAGUCAAUAUGUAGUAACAUCACUAUAAUUACAGCAAACUGCAACACCAACUUUCAAGACAUGCAGAUAAUCAUAUCUGAGGUCAUACAUAUGUCUAACUCUAAAGGAAAAUCCGUUGUCACCGAGUGAGAUAGCUAUAAAUUGAGCAUGGCUGAGACAAUCUCUCUCAGUCAUAACUUAGAAAGCCUGCUGAGGAAUUCAUAUUAAUGUUGUACAUUUCCCCCUAACCUGCAGCAUGCACACAUGUAUAUUUAUAUACACAUAUAGAAAUUAAACCUUUAUGUACUAAAU